GCCUCCGAACCCCUGCGCCACUUUAGAUUUCGCCUGCUGUUUUCCUGGUGGCUUCCCCAAACCAAACCUCUGUGGCUGAGUACGGCAGCGCUUCGGGGACAAAAAUCUUUCUCUUCUCUGGGCUCGGCCUUGCUAAUUGUUCCGUGGUUAAAUCGGACGGCAAGUAUUUGGGUCCCCAUUGCGCUGCUAUUCAGGAGGUAGGGGGAGGCUGAGCCCGGCGCUGAGUUCGGGCUGACUGGGGCUUGGGCCCAGCGAGUCGGUGCCGCUGCGCGGAUGUUGCGAUGGCUGAUCGGGGGAGGCCGAGAACCUCAGGGACUGGCGGAGAAAUCUCCUUUACAGACAAUAGGUGAAGAACAAACCCAGAAUCCCUACACUGAACUGCUUGUACUGAAAGCUCAUCAUGAUAUUGUACGAUUUCUGGUGCAGUUAGAUGAAUACAGAUUUGCAUCUGCUGGUGAUGACGGAAUUGUAGUUGUGUGGAAUGCCCAGACAGGAGAAAAACUUCUGGAACUUAAUGGACACACUCAAAAGAUAACAGCUCUUAUUACAUUUCCUUCCUUGGAAGCUUGUGAAGAAAAAAACCAACUGAUCUUGACAACCUCUGCUGAUAGAACAGUUAUUUUAUGGGAUUGUGAUACUGGCAGACAAGUUCGGAAAGUAUCCUGCUUCCAGUCUACUAUAAAGAAUUAUUUCUUCCACACAUACCUACAGUCAUUUGAUUUAAUUUUCCGGCUGGUAGCACCCACAGAAGAAUCACUGGAAUGGGAUAUUCUUGAAAUUAAGCGCCUCCUUGAUCACCAGGAUAAUAUUCUCUCAUUGGUUAAUGUCAAUGAUGUGAGUUUUGUAACUGGCUCCCAUGUUGGAGAAAUGAUCAUCUGGGAUAUCCUGGACUGGACCGUGCAAGCCCGUGAAUGCAGCUUCUGGGACCCAUCUCCACAGCUGGACACCCAGCAAGAAAUAAAACUCUGCCAAAAACCAGAUGACAUUUCUGUUCAUCAUUUCACAUGGGAUAAAGAGAAUGUAUUUGCUGCAGUCGGAAGGGGUUUAUACGUGUAUAACCUUCACAUGAAGCGUGUGAUUGCUUGCCAGAAAAGUGCCCAUGACUCUAAUGUCCUGCACAUUGCCAAACUUCCGAACAGGCAGUUAAUCUCAUGCUCGGAAGACGGCAGUGUACGCAUUUGGGAGUUAAGAGAAAAACAGCAGCUUGCAGCUGAACCUGUACCAACAGGUUUUUUUAACAUGUGGGGAUUUGGAAGAGUGAACAAGCAAGCCAGCCAACCUGUUAAAAAGCAACAAGAAAAUUCUCCUCCAUGUUCAUUGGAGCUUAUUGGAGAUUUGAUUGGACACUCCUCAUCUGUGGAGAUGUUUCUGUACUUUGAAGAUCAUGGACUAGUGACAUGCUCUGCUGACCAUCUCAUUAUUUUGUGGAAAAAUGGAGAAAGAGAAUCUGGAUUGCGCAGUUUAAAAUUAUUUCAAAAGUUAGAGGAGAAUGGUGACUUAUAUCUUGCUGUCUAGUUGAAGGAAUUUGGAACACAUGUGCAUGAACCUUGAACAUCAAAUAUAGGGUAAUACUCAAAUUUGUAAUGUAUUAUUUUUUUUAAAGAGUUUAAGUAAUCUCCACCCCCAGUGAGGGGCUCAAACCCACAACCCCCAGAUCAAGAGUUGCAAGUUGUUUCUCAGGUAUUAACAUUCACAAGAGAAUACACUGCAAGUUUUUUGUUUGACUUUUCACAGCAGUAACCUGAAACCACUGAGGAAAUGGGUCUAAUUUCAGCAGUGAAUUUUCAGAAAGUAUUCAGAUCAGAGCACAAAUAUUGGUAAAGAAUUUUAGCCUAGUGUCCGUAUAGAAAAUUUUUUUAAAAUAACAAAUUGUAUGAGCUUACGUUUAAUGAAAAAAGUGCUCAGAACCUCUCACUUGAUUUAGUAUAAUUUCGUUGCCUCUAAUUACAUUCUUACUCAUCACGAAAAUUUUUUAAAAAGUUACAUGUACUUUCAUUUAGGCCUUUCUGAAUUUUGAAGUACCUGGCUUUAUUCUCAAAAUGAGUAUUUUAACUAUACCUGUUUUUAAAAAACUUAUGAGCCUACUUUAAAAAAUAUAAUAAUUAUAGAAGAUAUUUUGGGAUAAAAAUGAAAAAUCCACUGAAAAACAGGUAGGACGUAGCACAUCUUGAAUUUACACCUUGAGACCUCCAGGAGAUUGUGUUGCUGCUCAAGGGGUGCGUGCUGGGUUUGAGCUGCUUCAUUUGAACCUAGACCCGGUGAAGAGGUGGAAAUAGAACAGCAGAACUGUGGCAUUCAUUAGAAGUUUUAUUUUGUUCUUUGGUUUUCCUUAGAGCCUGCCUGUUGGAUUAAGAAUCUGUGUGAUAAAUAUAUCCUACCUCCUACAGAUUCCCUGGUCUUUAGUAACUAAUUAAGAAUGUUCUAUGAGCAAACUUGAGUCUUAUACUGUUUAAUUCCAACUUUUUUUGUUGGUGGUGCCAAGUAAUUUGUUUAAAUGCUUUUGUUGUGUUUUAGUUUAGCUACUACAAUUCCUAUAAACUCAUCAAUAGGAAUCUUACCAGGGUGUAUUUUUUGCCCCCAUGUGAAUUGGCUGAAUAGCGAUUAGCUAGAUUGGGAUCGGACCAGCACCUAGCCCUCAUAUAUGCCAGGGAUGAGAGCUAGAUCAGUAAAGAGGUACGGUGUUUCCCAAGUCAGAGACUGGAGCCACAAGUACCUGAUUGAUCUUACCGUUCCUCCAAUAUGAAAUACUUGAGAAAGGCUUCAUUUGUGUAGUUACUUGCUGUGACCACUCAGAUUUAAUCCUCUUUAUCACCCUACCAGCCUUAGAACAGAAUAUUCCUUCUCCCCUUUGGUACUAAAGAAUAAAAAUUAAAAAAGAAAGUGGAGUUAUUCUUAAAAGUGCUGAUCAAAGAAUCCUGUUAUGAUGUUGGAAGACUGAUCCUUCUCCUUUGCUCUCUGCCGAUUCACCUGUUCAUCCCACUCAUCUCUAAUGGAAUUUUUACAAAUUGUUUUUACUAGUUUUCUCUUUGACCAUUGCUUCCACAACUACCUCCAGACUGGAAGAGCUAAGGUCAUCUAUGCCAGACCGAUGCCCUAAUGUUAGGAAUGAGGAAACUGAGGCCCAGGCAGGUAAGGCCUUGCAAUUAGCCCUAUUCCAUCAGAUUGUUGAUCACUUUAGUUAGGUAUCUCUGAGUCAUUUUCAGGCUUUAAAAUUUUACUCAAUAGCUGGACUUUCUUCUGUUACUAGCUAGCUUUUUCUUUGUUCAAGUUGUUUUCUUGAGUUGUCGAAGACCUCUUCCAUGAACCAUACAAGGAAUUCAUAGAUUUUUAACUGUUUUAUUUCCUAACAGUUUUUGGGUUAGUAAUCUAUUCCCACGGAGUGACAGAAACUAUAGGUGAGUUUUGGGAGCAACCAGUACUAAUCCUCUUAUCUGUCUGGAGGGAAGCCCCCCACUCAGGAAGAUGGGAGCUUCUACGAGGGCUCAGACUUGAUGGCUGCUCAGUAGUUGUAUGUAGACUGCUGCUAGAAGUUGACCUUGAAGCACCCCAAGUAACACUAUGUAGUGGGCCUUGUCAUUUUUAUUUAAAAAUCCCCUAUUACCUUCCUCUCUGGCUGUCUUCACAUAAUACAAGCAAGAGCCUAAGUUUCAGGGGCACUGUAUCUUUCCUUUCUCAGCCAGAGGCUUGUUGUUUGCCCCCAAGACUAACCAGUCCUGACUUAGGAAGCAAAUUUGAAAAUCUAAAAUUGGAAGUAAAUAAUGACUUCGAAUUAUAAAACAUUGUUACCUCUACAAGAAUGACCUUAUAACUAACUUCUAGUGAAGUAGUAGUCUUAAUGUGACUUCUACCUAUAUUAGAGUGCAUUCUUCUCAAUCAGUAGGGGGUCCCUUCAACACAGAAUGUUUUAGUAAACAACUAAGUAUAAAGAGGCAUUUAUAAUAGUUUAUACCUGCUGAAAGACUAUAUGGGAGAAGGCAGUAUUUAGUUAGCAGUUCAGAGGAUUACACACUGAUUAAGAUCAUAGCUGUGCUAAAGCUUUGGUACCUGGCAGUCUUAAAGCCUUUAAGUUCUUAUGAAAUUAAUUUGACGUUACAGGGAGUAAGCUGUAACAUUCAUACAGAAAAAAUGUUACUUACCGAAUGGAACUGAAAGCGACAGGGCAAGGUAAAGAUUGUCCUUGUCUGGAGCAAGCUUCUGAAGCCUAGGCAAGUUAUUUAGUUCUUUAAAAUGGGAUUUUGACAUCCUGACUUUAAUGUGUCUGAAAGUAAAGUGACUCAUGAAAUAAAGGACAGUAAAGCGAAAUUUUGAAAUAAUGAAAAGUUUAGGCCAAAGAGAUAAAAUAAAAACAGCUGUUGGGAAUGAAAAAUGGCUGUAGGAAUUUAGUUACAAGUACUUCACAAAAACAUUUUCAUCACAUUUACAUAGUGCAGCAUUACAACACAAAGCUAGCUGCUGUCCUGACCAAGCACAUUCGCUUUUCUAACAAAAAUAAUUUAGAUACAUUUCUUUACGUGGAAUUGUCAUAUAUGAUUUCAUUUUUUGGUACAAAACAUAGAAAAAAAACAUUGGCACAUUAUGUAGUAAUAAGUCAUUUUUUUCUUCCCAUGUACUGGUUUCAAGUGUUCUACAUUCCAAUUUUCAUUUGAAAAAAGUAACUACUAUUCAACUAAUUCAGCCUCUGUUUAUACCUCUUAAAAAUGCAGCAGGGAGUACAGAGGAUUUGAAAAGGAAGAUACUUUGUUUACUGAGUUUGAUAUUUACAACACAAAGAGGAGGGUUGUUUGGUAAAAGAGAAAGGAAAAUCUCAAGUCUGACUUCAUGUAGAUCACAGAAAGUUUUCAAAAGAGCUGUAUAAAAAUAUGCACUUGUGCUUUAGAAGCUUUUAGCAUACAAUUAAGAGCAUAAAAUAGUAUUUACUGCUUCCCCUUAUGCCUAUUUUCUGAUCUAUUUACACAUCUUGCAGUCUUGUCUUUUUUACAUCAUUAAAGCAAAGUGGCAAGGUCUCAAAUAUAGAUAGGUUAAAAACAUCUGAACCUUGAAACUGCCCCAUCCCUCCCCCAAAUAUAUAUGUAUAGAUGGUACAUGGCACAACCUACUCCAUGGACUGACUUACACCCAGUAAAUUUAGAGUGCUUUAAUAAAAAUUUUAAACAGCAAACGUA